AUGUAUGUAAGAAACGGACUGUUCAUAUUAAAAAACUCGAGCAGACUGACAACAACCAGAAAUGCUGUAUGGGCCCUCUCCAAUUUAUGUAGAGGCAAAAACCCACCUCUGAACUUCAGUAAGGUUUCCUCUUGCUUAAAUGUCCUGUCACGAUUGUUGUUUAGCAGUGAUUCAGAUGUCUUAGCCGGUGUGUGUUGGCCUCUUUCUUCUCUCUCCGAUGGAACCAAUGAUAAAAUUCAAGCAGUUAUUGACUCUGGAGUCUGUGGAAGAUUGGUGGAACUUUUGAUUCACAAUGAUUAUAAAGUGGUGUCCCCUGCCUUAAGAGCAGUUGGUAAUAUUGUGCCUGGUGGUGAUAUUCAAACGCUGGUAAUUUUGAAUUGCUCUGCAUUACCUUGUUUCUUACACUUAUUGAUUAGCCCAAAGGAAUCAACCAGAAAAGAAGCCUGUUGGACUGUUUCUAACACAACUGCUGGAAACAGCUCAGGUUCAGGAAAGCAUUUAAAAGCUGUUAGAGGUGCAAAUAUUUUUCCUGUUUUGAUUGAGAUUCUUCAAAAAGCAGAAUUUUGCACUAGAAAAGAAACUGCCGGGGCCAUCCCGAAUGCCACGCCAGGGGGCGCUCCAGAACAAAUAAGGUAUUUGGCAGCCUUAGGCUGCCUUAAACCUCUUUGUGACCUUUUGAUUGUUAUGGAUUCCAAAAUAGUCCAAGUGGCUUUAAAUGGUCUUGAAAAUAUUUUACAUCUUGGAGAACAAAAAUCUAAGCAGAAUGGCAUAAGCAUUAAUCCAUACUGUGCUCUCAUUGAAGAAGCAUAUGGUAAGAGCAUCUGUUAAAGUUGUGUUACUAUAGCCAAGUCUUAUCGACCAUAGGAAUUUUCUCCCUUUAGAUCCUUAAAAUUAUAUGUUGUCAAAGACGUUGAAAUGAUUUUAAAUAAUUUCAUUUGA